ACUGCAACCAGGACACAACAAGGACCGAUCUCGGUUCGGAAACACUCACGCACACACACACACACGCACACACAUACACGCACACACGCACGCACACACGCACACACACAAGAGCAUUACAAGCAGACACACUUCGACCAAGAAUGACCUUCCAGAACUAAAAAAAAAAACGUCACGUAAGAAGUUUUCUAGAAGGGGACAGCGUGGACUCGUGGAGACAGACGCUUUGUCGAAGAUAAUAAUAAUAAUAAUAUAUAGCCUAUAUUGUGAUCAAUUCGUCUUAAGCCCCACUUUGACUCGCAGAAGAUGUGCGCCGUUGCUCGUUUGCUGCUCCUGUGCGUCUUCCAUCCAGCGCUCUCCACUCGGUUCGAAUCCGAGGAUGUUAUACCUGUUCGGAUAAACGGGGGAGUCAGCGGUCGCUUUUGGGAAAGAAGCGAGGACCAGGCCCGAGUCCUCCUCAGCGCGUUUGGCAAGGAGUUGACCCUCCAUCUUAUCCCCGACGCCAGUUUCAUCUCGCCUUAUUUGACCAUACAGCGCCUCGAGAGAGCCAAAGGCGCGUCAGGUGCGCCACUCUCCCCGGGUCACGACCUCCACAAUUUCAUCAACCAGACUGGCGAGAGUGAAGGGAAGCUGAGAAGUUGCUUUUAUUCAGGGAACGUUGAUCAAGAUCAACACUCGCUCGUGGCUCUGAGUCUAUGCUCCGGCGUUUACGGCUCCUUCAUAACGAACGAGACAGAGUACCUCAUCGAACCCAAAUUUCCAGGAGGCUUUGGGUCACGCUCUGCCGAACAGGUGCAUGUGAUCAAGAGGAGGACAUUGUCCAAGAGCCACGGAGGCCCUCUCCUUUUCAAUCACGCGCUCGAAGCGAGGGGACUGAAGAAGCGCAAGUGGGAAAGUUUGACGCGCGAUGGCGGCGACGCACAGAGGGAAGCUCGCCGGAAACGCUUCGUGUCCGCGCCGCGCUUCAUCGAGACCCUGGCAGUGGCAGAUUCGAGCAUGACUCACUUCUAUGGGGAUGAAAUCAAGCACUAUAUUUUGACCUUAAUGUCAAUGGCUUCCCAGCUGUACAAGCACCCCAGCAUCAAGAAUUCCGUGAAUUUAGUGGUAGUGAAGUUGCUGGUGGUAGAGGAUGAGGAUGUCGGUCCAGAGGUCUCCAGCAAUGGAGGGGUAGCUCUCAGGAACUUUUGCUCCUGGCAGCAGCUCUUCAACCCACCAAGUCAGCGGCAUCCAGAACACUAUGACACCGCCAUGCUCUUCACCAGAGAGGACAUUUGUGGACAAAAGAGCUGUGAUACGUUGGGUGUUGCCGAUGUCGGGACAAUGUGUGAUCCCAAGAGAAGCUGCUCUGUUAUAGAGGACAACGGUCUGCAAUCUGCUUUCACUGCUGCACAUGAACUUGGUCACGUGCUGAGCAUGCCCCAUGACGACUCCAAAACCUGCGAGAGGCUGUUUGGGGAUCUCGGAGGACAUUACUUGAUGGCCCCUUUGUUUGUUAGCCUCAACAAAACCAUGCCUUGGUCUCCCUGUAGUGCACUCUACAUUACAGAGUUCUUCGACAAUGGUCAUGGAGACUGCCUGCUCGAUGUUCCAGAGAGCAGUUUGCCAUUACCGAAGGAGAUGCCAGGCACCAAAUACAACCUAGACCAUCAGUGCCAACAGAUUUUUGGAGAGGAAUUCUUCCAUUGUCUCAACACAACAGACAGUGAUAUUUGCAGCCAGCUCUGGUGCCAAGAGGACGGAACAUCCCAGUGCUCCACAAAGAAUGGCAGCUUGCCCUGGGCUGACGGCACCCCUUGUAGUCUCAACAGGACAUGCCUCCAUGGAGUGUGCAUACCGACAAAGGAGGUGCUGGAGCCACUGGUGGUUGUGGCUGGUGGCUGGAGCAUGUGGGGACCAUGGCAACAGUGUUCCAGGACAUGUGGAGGUGGAGUAGAGUUCUCCUAUAGGGAGUGUACAAACCCUGAGCCUCAGAACGGGGGCAACUAUUGUGAAGGACAGAGGGUUCAGUACCAGUCCUGCAACACACAACCCUGUGACAACAACGGCAAAAGUUAUCGAGAGGAGCAGUGUGAGAAGUACAACAGCCCACACUACCUGGACUACAAUGGCAACAUGAAACAAUGGAUACCAAAGUAUGCUGGAGUGUCUCCUAGGGACAGAUGCAAACUAUUCUGCCGGGCCAGGGGCAGCAGUGAAUUUAAGGUGUUUGAGUCCAAGGUAAUUGAUGGAACACCCUGUGGUCCUGACACCACAUCAGUGUGCGUUCAAGGCCAGUGUGUGAAGGCAGGUUGUGAUCAGGUGAUUGGAUCCAACAAGAGAGUGGAUAAGUGUGGAGUGUGUGGAGGAAACGGGCUUACCUGCAGGAAGAUCACUGGGUCCUACAACAAGGCAAUCUAUGGAUACAGUGACAUUGUCACAAUUCCUGCUGGUGCAACCAAUAUUGACAUCAAACAGCGGAGCCACAGAGGAAUCAAACAUGAUGGGAACUAUCUGGCUAUAAUGAGAGAGAGUGGAAGUUACAUUCUAAAUGGGAACUUCUCAGUCUCGACGGUGGAACAGGACAUUCCUGUACUUGGUGCUGUGCUGAAAUACAGCGGUUCCUCCACCACGUUGGAGAGGAUCCAGAGCUUCAUGGGGCUGAAAGAGGCCAUCAUCAUUCAGCUGCUGGCCACAGCGGGGGAUACCAACCCUCCUAAAGUGAAAUAUUCCUUUUUUAUCCCCAGGGAUGUUGCUUUUAAGUCAAAAGAGAAGAAGGGCUCUUCGGCAUCUUUGCAUGUGAUUCAUCCUUUCAGUGUGCCAGACUGGGUUCUGGGAGAGUGGUCUGAGUGCUCAAAGAGCUGCGGUUCAGGGUGGUCCAGGAGGAAUGUGGCGUGCAGAGAUAGUGCAGGCUUUCUCUCAAGCCUUUGUGAUAAAGACUUGAAGCCAAUGGACAUCAGGGCCUGCGGGGAUCAGCCCUGUCCCAUCUGGCAGAUGGGACCUUGGUCCGCCUGCUCACGAACUUGUGGUCAGGGCGAGCGGCGCCGCAGCAUCUUCUGCAUAGACUACACUGGCAAGACUGUUGAACCAGAGAAGUGUGACACUAAUAAAAAACCUGCGCCUGUUUCCGGAGAAUGUUUUAACCUUGAGUGCUUAUGAAAAACAUAAGUUAAAAGGAACAAUUCCCCUUUUGAUCUGACUGCACUUAUCAACAGAUUGCAUCACAUCACAGGAAGUGCAUUUGCCUGAGUAUGGUUUUGCCAUCUUAUUUUUGGACUGUUGACAACCACUGUUGAAAGUAACCAAUGGAAAACUACCUCGGAAAUGUAAUGAGAUGCCAUUUAUAGAUCCUAGAAAUAGGUGCUGUGUUUUAUUUCCUCCACUUUAAAUGACAACUAAUUUAUUGGAGUUACAUUUAGUUUAGUUUACAGAAUAUAUUUGAAAAUUAGCUCUCAUUUAUAGUGGGGCUAAGAAAAUGGCAUUAAGCCGACUAUUGUGCAGCAUGGUGUAAUUUAUACUGUACUUCUAGCUAACAUAGUGUCCUCCACAGAACUGAGUCCUCCAGGCUGCUUCAAUUUAAUGUUUUAUCUCAGUUGCUGAGAUAGGUGAGAUUAGUGUGUUGUGGUUUUAAGCUUUCUUGACAUGUGCUCCUCUUUCACCGCUCCUCAUUUCUACAUACAGGAAAGUUUAUUUAUGUUUGGAUCUGAAAUUUGAUUUAUUUAUUAUUCUUUUUUUUUUUUUAAUGGGGCGGUCAUCAUAAUUACGGUAAGCCCUUCUUUGAUUGUAAAAUAUGGCAAGAUCUUUGGGCUCUAUAAAAAUAUUUGACUGAUUUUACCAAAACAACUCCUUUUUAGAGCCAUGCUCCAUUUUCAGUAAGGGAACAGAAUUCAAGUUUAAACAUUGUCUAAAAUAUUUUCUCAUGAAGAAUAAUAAUCCAAGACAGAAUUUCCCUGCCCUGUAGUUUUUCCUUUCUGCUUUGUUUCAGUCGAGGUUAACGGACUUACAAACUAUCUUCUGUACAACACAUACUUAUAUGGGUAUUUAUACCUAAUCUAUGGUGCAUUUCAUGUUAUGUAGUUAUAAAGGUCAUUUUCAUGUCUCUUAUCCCUUAACAAUUUUGACAAUCAUAUCUAAAUGCAUUUUCAAACUUUCAUAUGUAUUAUUUUAUUCUUCGUUCCUGUUAAUUUACAGUAUGUAAUGAUAGAAAAUAGAGGGAGCAUUAGGCCCAUAUCCCUUCAAUGAAGGACCAUACAAUGUUAUUAUGAAAGCUUCCUUUUAAGCUAUUUAUUUUUGUAAGUUUUUACCUUGGAUAUGUAAUGAACAUGGCAGAUGCUACUGUCUUAGAAUUUCUUUUGUCUGUAAAAAUGGUCAAAUAAACACAUUUAUGUUAGUAAA